CGGAUGUCGCUGCUGGUCUCUUCACCUGUCCCGCCUAGUAGCUGCAAUAUGUGGCGGAGCCGCUAUUAGCCUCGGAGCUUCGGUGAAGUUGGCAGCUAAACAGAAACAGUUCGUAUUGAAAACUGGCAAAUUUAAAAUAAAUAAAACUGAUUAAGUGUGUUGUAGUUAAACGUUAACUUAGCGUUGCAUUUGUGCUUUAAAUAAAGCGUCGACACGCGAAGUGAAGGGCUGUCCUCUGGUGACCCUGGGCCCCAGUCAGCAUGGCAGAAGCUCAUCAGGCCGUGGCCUUCCAGUUCACCGUCUCUCCAGAUGGUAUUGACCUGCAGCUUAGUCAUGAGGCCCUGCGCCAGGUCUAUCUGUCUGGUCUCCACUCGUGGAAGAAGAAGUUCAUCCGUUUUAAGAAUGGGAUUAUGACUGGAGUAUACCCAGGCAGCGCCCCUGGGUUUAUAUUGGUGCUGGCAGGGUACCUGGGGAGGGCAAAAUAUGCUCAGUUGGACCCUUCCUUAGGCCUUUUCCUUAAAGUUGGCAAAUACGUACCAGUGAGUAAGUACAUGUCUCUGGAUAACCAGAGGAGAGUGGGUGGCAUCCUGCUUGGCACAGGGCUCUGGGUGGCAAUCAUAUUUACCAUGAGGACCGCCCUGAGGGGUCUGCUGUCCUGGCAUGGGUGGAUGACUGAGCGCCAAGCCAAAAUGUCAUGGAAAACACGCGUUUGGUUGGUGCUUGUGAAGAUUUUCUCUGGGAUACAAACGCCAAAUCUGUAUAGCUUCCAGACAUCACUUCCAAACUUACCUGUGCCAUCUGUGAAGGACACAAUGAAAAGAUAUCUGGAGUCUGUGCGCCCUCUUCUGGAUGAUGAAGAGUACAGAAGAAUGGAAGAACUUGCUUUAGACUUUCAGAAGAAUCUUGGCCCCAAACUCCAGUGGUACCUGAAGCUGAAAUCCCUGUGGGCCACCAAUUAUGUCAGUGAUUGGUGGGAGGAGUAUGUAUACCUUAGAAGCCGAAGUCCAAUCAUGGUCAAUAGCAACUAUUAUGUAAUGGACUUCCGCCACACGUUCCCAUUACAGUGUCAGGCAGCAAGGGCUGGUAAUACCAUCCAUUCCAUCAUGCUGUAUAGGAGGAAGCUGGACCGAGCACAGAUAAAACCGUUUUUUGCCCUACCUAAAACAGUUCCAUUCUGUUCUGCCCAAUGGGAGCGGCUGUUCAAUACCAGCCGUAUCCCAGGCCAGGAGAGGGACACCCUGCAACACAUCUCAAACAGCAGACAUAUUGUGGUGUACCAUAAGGGGCGCUAUUUUAAGGUGGGGAUGUUUUAUGAUGGCCGGCUGCUCUUCCCACGGGAGAUAGAGCAGCAGAUGGAGAGGAUCUUAGCAGACACCUCAGAACCCCAGCCGGGAGAGGAGAAGCUUGCUGCCCUCACUGCAGGAAACAGGGUGCCUUGGGCGUGUGUCCGUGACGCCUAUCUCAGACAGGGCAAGAACAGGCAGUCUCUGGAUGCUGUGGAGAAAGCAGCUUUUUUCGUAACACUGGAUGACACCGAGCAGCGCUAUGACUCGGACAACCUAAAUGACUCUCUUAGCAGCUUCGCCAAGUCCCUGCUGCAUGGAAAGUGCUAUGACAGGUGGUUUGAUAAGUCUUUAAGCCUGAUCAUAUACAAGAAUGGAACAAUGGGCCUGAAUGCAGAGCACAGCUGGGCUGAUGCUCCAAUUAUAGGCCACCUCUGGGAGCAUGUGUUGUCGAUGGACCUUAAACUCAAUUAUGCACUUGACGGCCACUGCAAUGGAGAGCCUCACCGCAGCCUCCCUGGACCACAGAGGCUGCAGUGGAAUAUCCCAUCUGAGUGCCAAAGUAUGAUUGCCAACUCCCUGGCUGUGGCCAAGGCUUUGGCUGAUGACGUGGACAUCCACCUCAUCCUCUUUGACGAUUUCGGGAAAGGCUUGAUCAAGAAGUGCAAGACCAGCCCGGAUGCCUUUAUACAGAUUGCCCUGCAGCUCGCCCACUUCAAGGACAAAGGGAAGUUCUGCUUGACAUAUGAGGCAUCCAUGACUCGUCUGUUCAGAGAGGGACGGACAGAGACUGUACGCUCCUGCACCAAGGAGACCUGUGCCUUUGUCAAGGCCAUGGUCAACAACGAGCCGAGAGAGAAGAAACUAAGCUUGCUGAAACAGGCGGCUGAGAAACACCAGCAGUUAUAUCGUCUAGCUAUGACUGGGAAAGGCAUCGAUCGUCAUCUCUUCUGCCUCUAUGUGGUGUCAAAGUACUUGGGACAGGACUCCCCCUUCCUUCAAGAGGUGCUGUCAGAACCAUGGAGGCUGUCCACCAGUCAGACUCCCAUGCAGCAGGUGGAGCUUUUUGAUCUGGUGAAGCAUCCUGAGUAUGCUACCAGUGGUGGAGGCUUUGGUCCAGUGGCUGAUGACGGUUAUGGUGUGGCUUACAUUAUUCUCGGUGAGAACCUCAUUAACUUUCACAUCUCCUGCAAGCAUUCCAGUCCAGAAACGGACUCUUAUCGCUUUGGCAACCACAUCAGACAGGCAAUGCAUGAUAUGUUGGGUUUGUUUCAGUUGGAACCACAGGCUCUGAAGUGAAAAGGCAAAUGUUUUACAUUCAUUUAAUUUUGGUCCCUGUUUCUUUUUUGAACAUGAUACAAGUAAUGAUGAUGAAUGCAUAUGAAAGAAUGAGGGAGAGUGUGUGUGUGUGUGUGUGUGUGUGUGUGUGUGUGUGUGUGUGUGUGUGUGUGUGUGUGUGUGUGUGUGUGUUUAUAAGAGUUCUGAGAUCUGGUUCAAAAAUGCUGGUGCCUUUAAGAGAGUCUUAACUGAAAGCAGAAAGAGGGGGAAAGGUAUGGACCAAGCAUUAGGCAGUUAAAAUGAAGCAAAUCACCUGAAGCAUUUAGACGUGUUACUCUCGGUAUUUAGUUGUAUAUACUUAGCUUUGAGAGAUACUGCAUACUCAAAACCACACCUUACAGUCUACAGAUAACUUAUAGUUCAGUGGGAAAGAACCUCUUGACCAUAGGGGAGUGAGAAAGUAGUUCAUUUACAUUACCUAAGCUCUGCAUAGCUGCACAGUCUUAAUGUGGUUGAUGCCAUCACUGUGGUAAAGCUGUUUUGAAGUGUUAACAAGCGCUGACCAGCCUUACUGGCUUUCCAGCUCACAGCAUUACUGCUGCAGUGCUGCACUCAUUUCACUGUACAGCCAGUGGUGAAUGGUUUAGUGCACAGUGCUGUGAAGGAUAAAGAAUUACAAUAUUUUUGACCAAAUAAUUAGGGUAGCAUAGGUUUGAUAUUUUUUUUGUUAAGCCUUGCCGUAAGAAAUGACUACAGUAUUGCUUACAAACCACAGUGAAAAUUAAUAAUAGGGAAUAUUUUGGGAAUUUGGCUGGUCCCUGACCUGUUCACCAUACAAAAUGUCAGUGUACAUUUAUUUUUAUUUUAAUGCACUUAAUUUUUCUUUUGUAAAAAGAAAAAAAAAAGAAAUUUGAAAACAUUGAAUUCCGUCAGUUUAUUUAUUUUCUGUUAUUAUUUCCUUUCAUGCAGUUUAUUGUAUGUGUGCUUUAUGUCUAUUUGAAGAUUAUAUACAAUUGUGAAUGAACAUAAUGUUCAUAUACCAAAAUUAAACUGAAUGUGACAUGAUUGUCUCUCUGUAUAACAAAACCAUGUGAAAUAUUCACAGCCUUUUCAGAAUAAAAACACAUACCAUGUA